CGUAUACAUAAUAAUCAAGUUAGAGUUAGGCGGGGUUAACUCUUAAUCUUUCUUAAUUAGCGUGCCCUAAUUUUAUUCCCGAACUCAGACUACAGCCGGUGCGAUAAGAGUUCAUACCCACGGUCACUAUAUCUUUGGAAUAAUUAAUCGUAAUUUCGAACUAAUGAUGACAGGAGGCCUAUCGAUUAUGUGUCAAAGUCUUCUCCUGAAACCUUAUAAAAGGCGCCAGCAUCCAGAGGAUUGUACCAAGUUCUCCCUCUGCAUAUCGAAAAUCAUCAACUCGAAGAUCAUCAACUACACGAUGGCAAAGCUGUGCGCUCUCCUUCUUCUCGCGUUCGUUGUUGGACAGACAGCCGCUUCAGCAAGCGACUGUCAAAAGUGCCCGGCUGACUGGCAAUCCUUUGGUGAUCAUUGCUACAAGCUGAAUAGCCGCUCCGCCAUCUACUCGGACGUCGAGGCGGACUGUAAGGCAAUGGGGGCGUACGUAGCCGCACCUCACAGUUUCGAAGAAGUGGAAUUUAUGAUCGCCAUCAGAGAAUACCUGUGGAUCAACUGUCAAGACACUGAUGUCGAAGGUGACUUCGUGUGCUGCGACGGCACCACCACCGACUACAGAAACUGGAUAGCGGGAGAACCCAACAACUACGAAGGGCUAGAAGACUGCGGUGUCGUUUACGGAAACGGCAAAUACAACGACAUCAGUUGCACCCUGCACAAGACCAGGGGCCUGUGCAAAAGGCACGUCACCACCUUCGACGACAGGAUCCAAAACAAGUCAUAGAUAUGACUCCUGUUAACUCCCAAUCACCAAACACUGUCUUCCAAUUCCUGAAAUAUUAUUCUCUUUGGCCGAUUUAAAAACGGGUUUCAGGUGUAAGGAGGUGGAUUGGUAGGGCAUUUACAUUUUAAGUAGAUCGGUAGAAACAGCACGUAAAAGACUUGAAAAAGUCAUUUAACAGUAACUCAUUUUCCCCGAUUAUAACUGUCAUGCUUUUUUUCACCAAAGUGACCAAACUAAGCAUACAGAAAACUAACAACUUUGCAAAACAAAAGAAGACGAGAUACCUCAUCAACGAAUGUACUCCAACAACCUCCCUUCCGAAUCUCAGACCCACCUAGUUCCACAUCAGGCACCCACGUCCACUCUUCCACCUUAACCACAUCAAGUCGACUUAUUUUAAAAAUAGACCUUCCGAGGCGUAAAGUUCAGCUUGAUCUCUAUAAUUUUCUUAAAUUGUCUUUAAUUUCAAACCUUGAUUUUAAACAAUGAACUAGCCAAAGAUUCAUUUAACAAACUGAUUUAUAGAUACACCUUAAAGAAAUAAAGAGUUCGGUAUAAUUCAUCUCAUGCGAAGUUGGAAAUCGC